GUUUAAAAAUAAAAAAGAAAAGAAAAAGGAGGGCAAGCCAGAUCAGCAAGUUGGCAUAUGGAAAAGAAAGGAAGCAAAAGGUUCUUGGCUGGCUCUGAAAGAGAGAUGGACAGAAAUGACAGACUGGCAAUUGCCAAGUCAAGCACAGAGACAGACUCUCUCUCUCUCUCCCCGUAUAUAUAGCUAGUUAAUCUCUGCGUAAGCAUUUUCUUUAUUUUUUCAUAGUUUGUCCCGGGUUUCUGAUACACAGAUAGAAAGAAAGGGACACCAUGAGUCUCUUUGGCCUAGGAAGCAGAAACCAGAAAACGUUUCGUCCACAGAAGAGUGCUCCAUCAGGAAGUAAGGGCGCUCAGCUUCAGAACCAUAUUAAUGCUUCUUUGGGCAGUGGAAACCUGAGAGAAGCUGUAAGAUUGCCUCCUGGAGAAGAUAUUUAUGAAUGGCUGGCAGUAAACACGGUUGACUUUUUCAACCAAGUUAACAUACUCUAUGGUACUCUUACUGAAUUCUGCACACAAUCCAGUUGCCCUAAAAUGACUGCAGGAUCAAAGUACAAAUAUUUAUGGGCUGACGGAGUAACAGUUAAAAGACCAAUAGAGGUCUCUGCUCCGAAAUAUGUAGACUAUUUAAUGGACUGGAUUGAAGUUCAGCUAGACGAUGAAUCAAUAUUUCCUCAAAAAUUGGGUGCACCUUUUCCUCCCAAUUUCCAAGAUGUAGUGAAGACAAUUUUUAAGAGAUUGUUCCGUGUAUAUGCACAUAUCUACCAUUCGCAUUUUCAGAAGAUAGUGAGUUUGAAGGAAGAAGCUCAUCUUAAUACUUGCUUUAAGCAUUUCGUCCUCUUCACAUGGGAAUUUCGAUUGAUUGAUGAAGCAGAGCUUGCACCUCUUUACGACCUCGUUGAGUCUAUUCUACAACUAUAGUGCUCUCACUAAUGAUUGUUUUUCUAUUUUUCUUUUUUCUUUUUCUUUUUUCACUUUUAGUUAGGGAUUUGUGGUGAGGCCUGGGAACAUCACGAUAAAUAUUUUUCUGAACUGUUUUGCAAUGUAAAUUUGUUCGAAUGAAACGCCUUCUUUCGUGAAAAAGCACAAUUUUGGUCUAGCCUAUUAUAUUUCUCUCUCUUCUUCCUUGUCACAAUGUUUAUAACUACUUUGAAUCAGAAUAUAGUGUUGGUUUUCUUUU